AAUUAGCUGUGUUCUAAUCUACUGUCAUAAAUGGAACUGUAAAUUCGAAUCUUGAACAAAAUGUCAGCAAGAAAAUACAUCUAACCACACUCCCCUUUCUCCACCCCUGCCCACGGCCCGCCCCGCACGCUUAAAACGCACUGAGGACCGUGAUGCUUGCUAGUGGAGUUGAAACAGGGGUACAUGACCGUAGUUUUGCUAUUAGUUUAGGACAAAUGUAGGUAGCAUGCCACAAUGUUCUAACCGGCGAGAGAUGUUUUGUUGUUUUAUCGCCCGGUCACCGCGCUUUUAGCCACGUUUUAUGAUAUUUUAACCCAUGCGUUAUGGUUUCGUAGGAUGGAAGUAGACGACGUGUCGGUUAGAGAGCAGCUUUUCCACAACAGAGUGCGAGAGACGUUUAUCUGUGUCCUCCUCUUCACCUGCCUCUACAUUCUGUCCUACCUCAUCCUCACUCAUUUCAAGAAGAAUGCGGACUAUGUCACGGGUGACGUUGAAGAUGCGACCGCCAACAAAAUUGCGCUGUGGCUGUGUACGUUUACCCUCUCUGUGGCAGUGUGCGCUGUGCUGCUCCUCCCCAUCUCCAUCCUGUCCAAUGAGGUGCUGCUCAUCUUCCCUCACAGCUACUACAUGCAGUGGCUCAACGGAUCGCUCAUUCACGGCUUAUGGAACCUAGUGUUCCUGUUCUCCAACCUGUCCCUGGUCUUCCUCAUGCCCUUCGCCUACUUUUUCACCGAGUCGGAGGGCUUCGUGGGCUGUAAGAAGGGGGUGAUGGCGCGGGUGUAUGAGACGGCGGUGGUGCUGCUGCUGCUCACUCUGCUGGUGCUGGGCAUGGUGUGGGUGUUUGUGGCUCUGCUAAACAACCACAGCGCCAGGGAGAGCCUCUAUGACAUGUGGGAGUACUAUCUCCCUUACCUCUACUCUGCCAUCUCUCUGUGUGGAGUGCUGCUGCUGCUAUUGUGCACUCCCUUCGGGCUGUCCCGCAUGUUCAGCGUCACCGGGAGCCUACUGGUCAAACCACGGCUGUUGGAGAAUGUGGAGGUGGAGAUGAACUGUGCUGCGUUCGAGGAGGCUUCGCUCUCUAGGACACUCAACCGGGGUAGCACGGCAUGCUGGGUCAGUGUGAACGUGGAACCUUUGAGGACGCAGUACCUCGGCGUCCAGGCCAAACGAAUCGCCCUCGAGAUGCGGAGGAGAGCGUCACCAUGGCAGCGGAACCUGUUCUACCCUCUGGCCAUGCUGCUGCUCCUAGCUCUGACGGUGGCCUGCGUGUUGAUGGUUUGUUUCCAUGUUCUGGAGCUCCUGUUCGACGAGACGGCCAUGCCCAGUGGAAUGGGGGACCCUCGCCUGGGGACGGCUUCCUUCUCCAUGUUUGGUUCUCUGGGAGCAGCGGUGCAGGUGGUCCUCAUCCUGUACCUGAUGGUGUCGUCUGUGGUGGGCUUCUACAGCUCUCCUCUCUUCACCUCCCUGCUGCCCCGCUCUCAGGACACCAACCUCACACAGAUCAUUGGGAACUGUGUGUCUCUUCUGGUCCUCAGCUCAGCACUGCCGGUCUUCUCUCGCACUCUGGGGAUCACACGGUUUGACCUCCUGGGAGACUUUGGGAGAUAUAACUGGCUGGGGAACUUCCACAUAGUGUUCUUGUACAACAUACUGUUUGCCGGCCUCACCUCUGCCUGCCUCAUCAACACUCUCACCUGGGCUGUGCAGGGAGAACUCAUACGUGCCUUCGGUCUCCACAAACUUCCUCUGACAGUGUCCCGCACAACCAUCCCCCUCAAGCUCCUCCUGGCAAAUGGCCUGUCAAAGAUCCAGUGACUGACAUUCCCUUGACCAAUCAACCGUGAUCUUUAAUCCCGACUGGGACCUGAGCCCCCUGGAUAGCAUUCCCAUUGGACCAAAGGCACCUUGUCUUCAGUCCUCCAGUCAAUCUGUGUCUGGAUCACCAAAAUGAAGAGACCGGAGUGGAGGAUUAGAAGUGCAGUUUGGACAAUGACGCAGUAGAGCUCUGCUCACUGACCAAUACAAGUUGACUUGGGGAACAAACUUAAACGGUCUCGCUUUUUCACUACAGUACUGGGGUGCUAUUGAAAUCACUGUGCAGUAAUCUGAGGCAAAAAUGAUAAAUUCUGGAACUGCUAAAAUAAUCUUGAACUGAAUGGGAUCUUAUCAGGGUUUUUAGGUCAUGGCUAGAAGGGAUUCAACUAUUGUCAGAUAUUACUUUUCGUAGCAGGUUAGGAGAAGGGUUGGGGUUAGUUAAAAUGUUUUUAAAAAUCUGCUUUUGACGUUAAUUUGAGAAAAGCUGGGUCCCUUCUAGCCAUGACCGGGUUCUUGUUGACCUUGUGACAUCAUACAGUACAUCCUGGAUGUCCUAAUGCCUUAUGAGAAACUCACAAUGGGUUCGAGAGGUGGCGGUGGGACCGACUUACUUUGCUCUUUGGACACGCACGUGUAAAAGUCAGCAAAUCUAUUUUUGGAACAUUACGUUGCAACUGACAUUUCCUUUUCCUGAUCAGGGGUUGAGCGGUUGAGUCCUCUCUCUGCCUCCCCUCUCCCCACGCUUUCCUCUCUCUCUCUCGUGUAAGACUAUUUCUGGGCCUCACUCCUUUGAAUCCCACUUCCAUUUCUUUUUAAGACUCCUUGUCUGUCUGUAAUGGUGUUGUGUCCGUUAAUGAGAGGAUGUUUUUAAACCUGGGUAUUUUACAUGCCUUGACCUUCACAUAGUGGAGGAAGAGAAGGGGACAGGACAGGGUUGUGUUCAUUAUGUUACGGCUUAAAGCAUUUUGCAACAAAAGAAAAUGAGCGUUUCAGUUCUCUUCCAUUUGGUGCCGGACGAACACAACCCAGGAUUUGUUUUAAACUGAUGACAUUGAAUUAGUGAACAAUGUAUGAAAAGAUACCUGAACACAAAGGGGAAAAUAGACAAGGGAGGUUAUUGGUUGUAUAAUGGCAUUUCUGUUCCCUUUAAAAAAGAAGCAUUAAGGAGCUUCCUUAAUGCAAAUUAACACUAGUGUGUCCUGCCUUGGACCAAUCAUACUGUGAAUAGCUUGUUAAUGUUCAAGUGCAAUACUGUUUACGCUCCACUGCCAAUUCCCAUGACCUGUUUUUCCUGAACUUUUAUAUUAGAAUAAUAUAAAUUAAUGAUCUCUAGCGGUUUUUAUUUUAGAUCUCUUUAUCGUGAUCCUGUGUCGUGCUUUUCCUUUGCUGUAUCAGCAUGUAUGUUAAGUUUGUUUUAAUUGUUGUUAUUAGCUGUUAGACAAUCAGUUCCUUUCUCUGUCACCAGCAGGGGGCAGGGUCUCCCAAACUCACCGGCAGCCUUCUGAAACUUGCCCUGAGGUUCUGUCGGAGAACCUUCCGUCCUUAGGGCAAUGGUUCUGUUUGGUCAGUCAUUGCACAUAGUGUUGACUCAUUUUAUGUCGCGUGACAAGUAUUUAGAGUCUAUUGUUUGGGUAGCAAACAGUUUUUUAUGGUUUACUUUUAGUGCUCUAAAACGUUUUGAUGUUGUAGAAUGUAUGUAUUUUUUCAUGAGCCGUGGAGAAAAUUACAUUUUUCUAUACAUGAA